GUUUAUAUCCACGAGGUUCGUGAGUUGGUAGCACCGCUAUUUACACAUUCAGCCGACUCAGUGGUUUUGAAACUUGGUUAAAUGGGAUGGUAAGAAAGUUUCACUUUCCAAAGAGAACUUUGAGUUCAGCUUCAGCUCUGCUUGAGUACAAUGGUCCCCUAUGUCGUUCAUAGCGUGUGCCUUAUUUGUUAUUAUGGAUGUGAAUAACAGUAAAUGACAUAAGUAAUUUGAAGUUUCAUUCUCUAGUAGGAGAGAUAAGAACAAUUCAACCUGCCACUUACCAAUUUUGCUCAUCUGACAACCUUUAUCAUGGAGCCCCACAAGUAUGAGGUUCCCAUUUGGCCCUCGGAUCUUGGCGGACGAGCCCGACGAAUGGCCCUAAUAUCGUGCGAUCCCCGGUGGUACCUGUGGAUGCAGGACGUUGAUAAACAGGGAAUCGCUUCAGUCUGCAGGGACCUUUUGCUUCUUCACCAAAAUGGAGAUCUUGAACUUAUCAAAGGGACCACUUUGCCCCCCAAUGGUACUUACGUUACUGCUCUCCAUGGAGGGAGGAUGAUCCGAGGUAGGGUGUGUCCCUCACAAGUGAUAUUAGAAAGCCAAAAGUCAAAACAGAAAAUGGUUUCUGUGAUAGAUGUUGAUGAAGGAAAAAUAGUGCAAUUGCCACUAAACCAAUUACGUUUCCUUCCUAAAGAAAUGAUGGCUCUUGCUUGUCAAGCAGUACGAUGUGAUAUUGGAAUGGACUGUAUUGAGCAAUUUGAGUGGCCACCUCACAUAAGUAAUAUGCUUCUCAAAGCUUUGGGGAAUGCUAUGCUAUUUGUUGAAAAUAUUUCAACCCGGCCAGGAUCAAUUCCAACCAUUAGUGGCAAGAUAACAUUAUGCAAUCCUUCUACAGGGGAGUCUAUUAGUAUUCAGAGGUUCCUGUUGGAAAUUUUUUCUGUCCAUCUUGAUCUGUGCUCUCUGGAAAAGUUUAAACCAUUCCCAGUGGGAAUGGCUGCUAAUAUUGUGCCCCAAAACUUGGGACUACACCAACAACCAAGAUUUGGAAUGAAUAUUCAGGGCCUGCCUGCAAAUACUAUACCAGUGCCCUACCACUCUCCAGUCAUGCCUCUGACUCUGACUGCCCCUCCAAAUGUGCCUUCAAACAAUCCUCAGAAUUUCCCUAACUUUUUUCAAGGUCCGCCAGCCUUUAUGCCCCCUCUAUCACCAAAUGUGAUGCAAAAUAAUAUUCAUCCAUAUGUACGUCCCUUCUCUAGUUGUACUUCUGUCAGUGAAACAAGCUCACUAGCUUAUCAGGGCACACCACCACCACUACAACCACUGGCAGACAGGGGCAGCAGGCCAGAAUUCAGUGAUGGAAGAUAUGAGCCCAAGUUAAGCUCCUCCCUUUCAUCUCUUAGUUCUCUGGUCAUGUCAGAAUCUGAAUAUGACUCUGCUGAAUGCACUCAUAGCACAGUUGGUGUUGAACUUCAUAGUUUUUCAUCAAAAUCGUCAUCAGGGGACCAGAACAGCAAGGUGAAGGCAGCUAUAAACAACCAAGCAAGACCAUCCCAACAGAAUAAAAAACAGUCGGUGAUUUCAGACAAAGUGGUUUCUCUGAAUGAUUCUACGAGUUCAGAUUCACUUGAGAUUAAUCUGAAAGUACCAUCUUCAUCAUCAUCAUCCCCUGGGAAAGAAG